AUGGAAAUGGGAGAGAAUAACAAUGGACUUUGUUUCUGGACUUCCUCGCACCCAAGAAAUCAUGAUGCAAUAUGGGUGAUUGCGGAAAGGCUAACCAAGAGUGCUCACUUCUUAGCAAUCAGGAUGGAUUACUCACUUGAGCGUUUAGCCGACUACCGAUCGAGUAUUGGAAUGCCUCCCUACAAAGCUCUAUACGGAAGGAAAUAUCGGACUCCUCUUUGUUGGAGUGAAGUUGGGGAAAGAAAGCUUAUUGGUCCUGAGAUUGUGCAACAAACAGAGGACAAGGUAAAAAUUAUCAAGGAUCGUCUAAAGAUUUCUUCGAAUAGACAAAAGUCGUACGCUGAUCCUAAAAGGUGUGACAUUGAAUAUCAAGUGGGAGAUAAAGUAUUCUUAAAGGUGUCUCCAUGGAAAAAGAUUAUGAGAUUUGGCCAGAAGGGAAAGCUUAGUCCCCGAUUUAUUAGACCUUAUGAGAUACUUGAAAGGGUUGGACCAGUUGCAUAUAAAUUAGCUUUGCCACCGGAGUUGGAAAAGAUCCACAAUAGCUUUCAUGUUUCUCUGCUCAGAAGAUAUCGUUCUGAUCCAUCGCAUGUUCUUUCAGUUGAAUAUAUUGAGGUUAAUCCUGACUUGACUUAUAAUGAAGAACCAUCCGAAUUGAAGCUCGAGAAGUAA